AUGGCUUGUUCAGUGACUCUGGAACGGCUUCAGUGCCCAAUAACAAGGGAUAUAAUGGAGGAUCCAGUUAUAGCUGAAGAUGGAUAUACAUAUGAGCGAGCAGCCAUCACGCGGUGGAUAAAUGAUAAACAUACAAGUCCUUUGACACGUAUUCCGUUGCGAGUAUCAGAAUUGCGACCGAAUCGAGCUGUUAAAGAGCUUAUUGACGCUUAUCGAGAACAGUCUCAAAAUCACCAAACAGCAACAUCAGAAGGAGAAGGGUCACAUUCCAUUCCAAGAAGUGUCAUUGUACAGCCAGAAAAUCUAGCAGUCACACAAUCAAUUUUAAAUAAACCUACGCAUACUCGUUUCAGAACAGAAGCUCCACCAUUUUCUCCGGUUUCACGCAUAGCUGAGCAUCCGCGUCGCUACGUAUCACCAUAUGAUGACAUUAUAAAUAAUAGGUUCUACUUCCCAGGCGAAUUAAAUAGAACGUUCGCUCCAACAUGUCAAUCACGGGCACGCAGCUCAGUUCGUACCCCCAACUUCUCAAACUUAUUUUCAACUAUUCAGAAUAGUAACGAAAUCUGCUAUCGUCCCUCACAUCCAUACACUUCAGCAUACAAUCAUCGAUUUAUUCCUAACCAAUGUAAUGUUAAUAUUCGCAAUGGUAGCAUCGAUUAUUCUCCUAAUGUUUCAUUCACUGGGAAUAGAAAUCAAAAUAAUUACGAACCAAGACAACACAGAACAAAUGGAUAUGUUCAUACCCUACCCAAUCAUCGCCGUCAAACAGUGUCGAAUAAUCCUUCUACUAUCAGCAAUCCAGCAGUCACACCCUCGGCUUCACCGUCAAGAAAUAGUGGAACUAGUAGUUUGUGCGGUAUGAUUUCUUCCCAUCGUUGUUGUGUGUUCAUGCUUUGCUGUACUAUACUUAUAAUUGUAUGCGUUGUUGUUAUCGUCCCUGUUGUUUUAAAGCUGCAAUCAAAUUUACCGACCACAAUCCUCACGACAACGACGACAACAACAACAACAACCAUCACUACACAAGCGGAUGGAUACAAAUCUAAAUCAUGUGAAUCUAUCUAUAGAAGUAGCUUCUGUAGUGUUAAUUGGUCGUUACUAUUGCUACAUAUUGGCAUUGCUCGACUUAGCAGAUAUUUUUAA